AUGAUGAAACUCUUACUGUUGAUGACAUCAAUUAUGAAUAGUUAUUGCUUUAAUCCUAAUGACUACGUAACAAUACCAUUCCUAAGAUUCCCAGAUUCUUUGAGUUAUAACGUUUUAGAGAUAAAUUCAAUUUUUGAAUAUUUGAUAGCAUCUGUGUACAUAGGGUAAAUUGAUAACCUGAUACAGAUUAUUCUAUUAUUCCAUGUACUUUUGUAUUAGUCAAAUUUUGGUUUGGAGUCAUCCAGCCCCAAAGACUCCAGAUAGAAUAGCAUAGACAAAGGAAGAAAUGAGGAGGGGAGUUAAAGCUCUGUUCUAUGUAAUUUUAUUAACAACAGGAAUAAUAUGGAAGAUACAACCUUUGAAUCCUUAUUAUGGGUAUUACGAGACACAUGAAUUUGGAUUUAAGGAAUUCUUUGUUUCAUUAAUCAUGUAAUAUAAUAUUAUUUAUGAAUUAAGAUAUAUGGUGACAUUUGAUGUGUGGUUUUAUACUUCACAUAUAAUUGGACAUAUGCCAUUUUUUUGGAAACAUUUUCAUGGAGAACAUCAUGAAUUUGUUGAACCCGGAGCCUAUGCUUAAGAUGCUGUACAUCCAGUAGAAGCAUUGAUUUAAGGGCCUAUUGGACAUUUCCUACCAACAUUUAUCUAUCCAUUCCAUCCAGUGUGUCAUCAUAUCUUUGGGUUAUUAACAUCAGUAUAUGCUCAAUUUGCGCAUGAUGGAAGAUGGGACCCAGCUGGACAUACCUUACAUCAUUAUUACUAUUCAUGCAAUUUCAGCAUUUGGGGAUUAUGCGAUUUUAUUUUUGGAACUGGAUACAACUAAUAAAAGUAUCCAAUUCCUUACAUCCCAACUUGGCUUAGAAGCAAAGUCAACAGUAAGAAUCAAGAUAAAAAAAUAAUGUGA